AACCGAAUGUUUGAAAUAUUUUUAGUUUUCACUUGUAACAAAAGCAUGUCACAAUUGUGUCCAUUUCUGUAAAAUUCCAGUGUUCGUCGUCAUUUUUGUAUCAAAUAAAGAGUUUCUGCAUCAAAAUUAUCGACAUUGAAAAACAAAUCCGUCCAAAAUAUUGUAAAUAAUGCCGAAAAACCGGCACUUCAAAUCACUAGGAAAGGAUAGAAACAGUUCUCAGGUAAUACAGCACUCGUCGUCGAAUCGAAGACAGCAAUUGCAACAAUCUCCUCAAAUCAAAAGCAUUUUGAAAAACGUUAAUUUGAACGAAUACAUGUCAGCCGUAUCGGACGUUUUCAGACAAAGGCUUGUAGAGAAAUCACGUGAUAACGAAGGGCAUGUACGUUCGCAAUCGCCGACUCCAUUAGCGUUAAUGAGUAGCAGUAGUGAAGUGGCGACGAACAGUAAAAUGCAGGUGCUUAAGAGGAAACACGUCAAAUUUUGUGACGUUGUACAAGCUUUUAGUAUUGGUGAUGGAUGGAAAAUGUCGACGUUCGUUGAAAAAUUGAAGUCCGAAGUUGACCAGCAGGACCGAAGUAAAAAGCUUCGCGAUAAUUAUCGCCAUUACAUGACGAAGUUCAGUCCAUUGCCAAAAGGUCUUUAGAAGUGAUUUAUGACGAUCGAUCGGUUCGAGGAAACUGUAUCCGAUCAUCCAUAAUAUUUACGAUACAAAAGAAAUGAACAGGUACAGGAUCAUGUCUUUUGCCUGCGAAAAACGUUGCAUUAAGUAAAACUUCUUUUUAGUUUUUAUAUGGGAAAAUUUACUUUUGAAUUCAUUCUUUUACCAAAAUGUCUUAAUUUGUUAUUUUCAAGAGUAAUAACUCUUUACAUCGUUCAUAUUCAAAAUAUUGUGGAAAAUCAAUACACAUGUCCCGAAUAA